AUGGAAUCCCACAUGACAUUUUCCCUUGGAGAUGGCUCAGAAAAUUUGUAUCUAAAUAUAGUAGAUUUGGCAAUUGUUUUCAUGAUGUCUCUGGUGGUAGAGUGGAUGUCACACACCACUUAUUUGAGCAAUUUCUCAGACGACAAUAACGUCAGACUAGGUCUCAUUCAGACUGGAUUUUACGUCGUUAGGAUGGUGGUGGCAUACAUCGUGAUGCUGGCUGUGAUGUCGUUCGACGCCAGGAUCUUUGCGGUAGCGGUGGCCGGAUACACUCUAGGGUUUCUGCUCUUUGGAAGUAGGGUUUUUGAUGAGAAUGAGUUAGGCUAUCACAAAGCAUCAGAUCUUCCACCAUUGAGCUGCUAA